GAGACCUCUUGUCUUUCAUUAAGGGGAACAAACACAAACACACGCACGCAACUCGAGCGCCCCAGCCGAUGGCUGCGUCCCUGACUUUGUGGCCCAGUCACCAGCGUCGCCGAGUGGCCGGUUUAGAGGGUGUCAACUCUGGAGACGUGAGUGCGUGUGAUUGUUGGGGAGGAGAAAUGUGACCCGCCGCUCCGCGUCCCCUGCCGCGGCCGAAGGAAGGCGUGGCGGCCGCGCGGCGGGGCUGCUGCCGGCUUCUCUCGUUACGGUGGCGGCCGCCCGCUUCCCUUCGCGGAGAACUCGCGGAAAGACCUCGGCUAGGAAUGUCUGUUUUCCUGUCGGAAGAGAGACGGCUGUUUUAAAAUGGUAUGGCCUCACAAGUCUUGGUCUACCCACCGUAUGUUUAUCAAACUCAGUCAAGUGCCUUUUGUAGUGUGAAGAAACUCAAAGUAGAGCCAAGCAGUUGUGUAUUCCAGGAAAGAAACUAUCCACGGACCUAUGUGAAUGGUAAAAACGUUGGAAAUUCUCAUCCUCCCACGAAGGGUAGUGUUUUUCAGACAAGGAUACCAUUUAACAGACCUCGAGGACACAACUUUUCGUUGCAGACAAGUGCUGUUGUUUUAAAAAACACUGCGGGUGCUACAAAGGUCAUAGCUCAGGCACAGCAGGCUCAAGUGGAGGCACCUCAGAUUGGGGCGUGGCGACACAGGUUAAAUUUCCUAGAAGGCCCCCAGCGAUGUGGAUUGAAGCGCAAGAGUGAGGAGUUGGAUAAUCAUAGCAGCGCAAUGCAGAUUGUCGAUGAAUUGUCCAUACUUCCUGCAAUGUUGCAAACCAACAUGGGAAAUCCAGUGACAGUUGUGACAACCACCACAGGAACAAAACAGAAUUGUACCACUGGAGAAGGUGACUAUCAGUUAGUACAGCAUGAAGUUUUAUGCUCCAUGAAAAAUACUUAUGAAGUCCUUGAUUUUCUUGGUCGAGGCACUUUUGGCCAGGUAGUCAAAUGCUGGAAAAGAGGGACAAAUGAAAUUGUAGCAAUCAAAAUUUUGAAGAAUCACCCUUCUUAUGCACGUCAAGGUCAAAUAGAAGUGAGCAUAUUAGCAAGGCUCAGUACUGAAAAUGCUGAUGAAUAUAACUUUGUACGAGCUUAUGAAUGCUUUCAGCACCGUAACCAUACUUGUUUAGUCUUUGAGAUGCUGGAACAAAACUUGUAUGACUUUUUGAAACAAAAUAAGUUCAGCCCCCUGCCACUAAAAGUAAUUCGGCCCAUUCUCCAACAAGUGGCCACUGCACUGAAAAAAUUGAAAAGUCUUGGUUUAAUUCAUGCUGACCUCAAACCAGAAAAUAUUAUGUUGGUGGAUCCUGUUCGGCAGCCAUACAGGGUUAAGGUGAUAGACUUUGGGUCGGCCAGUCAUGUUUCAAAGACUGUUUGUUCAACAUAUCUACAAUCUCGGUACUACAGAGCUCCAGAGAUUAUAUUGGGGUUGCCAUUUUGUGAAGCCAUAGACAUGUGGUCAUUGGGAUGUGUGAUUGCAGAAUUAUUCCUUGGAUGGCCACUCUACCCAGGAGCCUUGGAGUAUGAUCAGAUUCGAUAUAUUUCUCAGACUCAAGGUUUACCAGGAGAGCAGCUGUUAAAUGUGGGCACAAAAUCCACAAGAUUUUUUUGCAGAGAAACAGAUAUUUCUCAUUCUGUUUGGAGAUUAAAGACACUAGAAGAGCAUGAGGCAGAGACAGGAAUGAAGUCUAAAGAAGCCAGAAAGUACAUAUUCAACAGUCUGGAUGAUAUAGUGCAUGUGAACACAGUGAUGGAUUUGGAAGGAAGUGAUCUUUUGGCUGAGAAAGCUGAUAGAAGAGAAUUUGUUAGUCUGUUGAAGAAAAUGUUGCUGAUUGAUGCAGAUUUAAGAAUUACUCCAGCUGAGACUUUGAACCAUUCUUUUGUUAAUAUGAAACAUCUUCUAGAUUUCCCUCAUAGCAACCAUGUGAAGUCCUGUUUCCAUAUUAUGGAUAUUUGUAAGUCCCACCCAAAUUCAUGUGACACAAAUAAUCACAAUAAAACUUCACUUUUAAGACCAGUUGCUUCAGGCAGUACUGCUAACCUGACAGCAAAUUUUACUAAAAUUGGCACAUUAAGAAAUCAGGCGUUGACCACGUCCGCUCACUCCGUCGUGCACCAUGGAGUUGCUCUGCAGGCCGGAACUGCGCAUUUUGGUUGUGGUGACGCUUUUCAGCAGACACUGAUUAUCUGUCCUCCAUCUAUUCAAGGUAUUCCUGCAACACAUGGUAAACCUACUAGUUAUUCAAUAAGAGUAGAUAAUACAGUUCCUCUUGUAACUCAGGCCCCAGCUGUCCAGCCACUACAGAUCCGACCAGGAGUUCUUUCUCAGCAGACGUGGUCUGGUAGAACCCAGCAGAUGCUGGUACCUGCCUGGCAGCAGGUACCACCCGUGGCUGCGGCCACCACUGCGUUAACUUCUGAGUGUGUAGCUGGCUCACAGAGGCUUGCAGACUGGGGGAAAAUGAUUUCACACAGUAAUCAUUAUAACUCAGUGAUGCCACAACCUCUUCUAACCAAUCAGAUAACUUUAUCGGCCCCGCAGCCAAUUAGUGUGGGCAUUGCACAUGUUGUCUGGCCUCAGCCUGCCACUGCAAAGAAAAAUAAACUGUGCCAGAACAGAGGUAUUUUGGUAAAACUAAUGGAAUGGGAGCCAGGAAGAGAGGAAAUAAAUGCUUUCAGUUGGAGUAACUCAUUGCAGAAUACGAAUGUCCCACAUUCAACAUUUAUUUCUCCAAAGAUAGUAAAUGGGAAAGACGUUGAAGAAGUACGUUGCAUAGAAAAACAGGACAAUCAUGACUCAGAAGGAGAAGCGAGAGGUUGUUGUGACACAUCUGUCAGGCAGGCCUCUGACUCGUCGGUUGCAGACAAGCAGCGGCAAACCAUCAUCAUUGCUGACUCCCCGAGCCCUGCCGUGAGUGUGAUUACUAUCAGCAGUGACACUGAUGAGGAGGAGACGUCGCCGAGACACUCACUCAGAGAAUGUAAAGAUAGUCUAGAUUGUGAAGCUUGCCAGAGCACUCUGAAUAUCGAUCGGAUGUGUUCGCUAAGCAGCCCUGAUAGUACUCUGAGCACCAGCUCCUCCGGGCAGUCCAGCCCGUCCCUGUGCAAGAGGCCGAACAGACUUUCUUGUAGUAUGUCAGACGAAGAACAGGAAAGUGGUUGUGAUACUGUGGAUGGCUCUCCAACAUCAGACUCUUCGGGACAUGACAGUCCAUUUGCAGAGAGGAGCUUUGUGGAGGACACUCAUCAAAACCCAGAACUGGUCACCUCCGCCAGCACAGAAACCAAACCAGCUGUUUGUACUGUUGUGGUGCCUCCAAUGGGACUAGAGAAUGGAUUAAAUACCGAUGAGCAUAUGGCAAACAGAGAUUCUACAUGCCAGCCAUUAGUAAAAGGACGAUCGGCUCCUGGAAGAUUAAACCAGCCUUCCACAAUGGGUAAUCGCCAGCAGAAAUUGACAUCCGCAUUCCAGCAACAGCAUUUGAAUUUCAGUCAGGUUCAGCACUUUGGAUCUGGGCAUCAGGAGUGGAAUGGAAACUUUGGACACCGAAGGCAGCAAGCUUAUAUCCCGACUAGCAUCACCAGUAAUCCAUUCACUCUUUCUCACGGAAGUCCCAGUCACACAGCCGUGCACGCCCAUCUGGCUGGAAGUGCGCAUCUCGGAGGACAGCCUACUCUCCUUCCAUACCCGUCGUCAGCUCCCCUCAGCAGUGCUGCGCCGGUGGCCCACCUCCUAGCCUCUCCAUGUACCUCAAGACCUAUGUUACAGCAUCCAACCUACAGUAUCUCUCAUCCCAGUGGCAUAGUUCACCAAGUCCCAGUGGGCAUAAACCCCCGUCUGUUACCAUCCCCAACCAUUCAUCAGCCUCCGUACAAACCGAUCUUCCCACCACAUUCUUACAUUGCAGCAUCACCUGCAUAUACUGGAUUUCCAUUGAGUCCAACAAAACUCAGCCAGUAUCCAUAUAUGUGAAAACUCCAAAAGAGUAUAUUGAGGAAGCUCAAUGAUAAAAACAUUUGAUUAAAAAUAAAAACAUGGUAUCUAAUAAAUAUUAGCCAUGGCACAAGAAAAUUAUUUUUGAAUCAUGUAGACUUGGGUGCAAUUUAAACAACUUUGAGCUUUAAAAUAAAAACUCACUUUUAAUGUGUUUUGCA